AUGCUGCUGAGCCCUGUCACCUCCACCCCCUUCUCCGUAGACGACAUCCUCAGGCUGGAGCAUGAGCAGAAUGACCCCAAGACUCCAUCACAAUGGGACUUGCAUAGGAACCCCGAAAAGCCUCAGUACCUAACAAUGGACCCGGAAUCCGGAGGGACAGGGAGCGGCGACAGGGCCCACGCUAGAUCAGACCCUCUUCGGUGCCCCUGGGAGACAGUCGUGGAGACGGAGCCAGAGACUCCUCCGCGCGCGAUCGCCCCGCUUGGAGCUGGGAACCCGAGGAUGGAGCGCGGUGUGGGCAACGGCAGCGACAAUGUACACCCGGAGUUCGCCAGGACGCGGCAGCGGCGGAAGCCCCGCGUGCUGUUCUCGCAGGCCCAAGUGCUGGCCCUGGAGCGGCGCUUCCGGCAGCAGCGGUACCUGUCUGCGCCCGAGCGCGAGCACCUGGCCAGCGCGCUGCAGCUCACGUCCACGCAGGUCAAGAUCUGGUUCCAAAACAGGCGCUACAAGUGCAAGAGGCAGCGCCAGGACCAAACCCUGGAACUGGCGGGCCACCAGCUAACACCGCGCCGAGUGGCAGUGCCCGUCCUAGUGCUGGACGGCAAGCCUUGUCUGGGUCCCGAAGCCCCCGUGUUCCCGGGUCCCUACACGCCCCAUUCUUGUUUCGGGGGCUACUCGGGCACUCCCUAUAGUGCUAGCUACGCAGGCCACUACACGGGCGCCGGCUCCGGGCCACUCCCACCCCUAGCCAGCUCUGGUUUCAGCCCAGGUAGCCCGAGUGCUGCCCCGCAGGGCCAUCUUCCCACCACGCUACAGGGAGUCACGGCCUGGUGAAUAGCCGGGGCUCAGCUACUCAGUUUGGUGCCUGGUGGAGUUGAGCUUCGCCAAGGGGAUGGAAAGCGGCGGUCGGCCUGGUACUGCCCACCUUACUGAUCUCAGGACUGAACUGCCCAGAGGAGCGGUCACCGGCUGGCUCUGAGAACAUUCUUUCCCUCGGAGAUAUAACCGCUAUUUGGCUGACCACCUAGAUGCUAUGCAGAGAAUAGUAUGAUGACUGACAAUUUGGAAACAGGUGACUCUGAGCCACAACCCCCUUAAAACAAUUGCAAGCAUUCUGGAGGCCUGGGUCAAGGCUGUCCUCACUCCAUCCCUUAAAGGAACAAGCGCACGGGUAGACGGGAUGCGGAGUUGAGAAAAUAGAAAUGUUACAUCGCCGCUGAAGAUGCCAGAAGACGAGCCUGGAAGCGCCCCAGAUAGGAUUUACAGUUUGUGCACCCUGAACCUCCCAGAAGAUCCGUUGGCAAGCACUUUCCCUAGCGGUGAUCUCACUUGCCGCUGAGGGACUCUGCUCUCAGCAACUGCGUUUUGUGCAGGGAACCGCUGGACGAGCAAAUGAGCUGUAAUGAGCUAACUAUAUUCGGUGGACGUGCCUGUUAUAGGCACCAGGACCCUGAUAGGUUCUCAGAGGGCAGGAAGGCCUACACCUGUAAUCCCAGCAUUCAGGAAACCCAAGCGGGAGGAUCGGGGAAUCCAAGGAACAACCUAGUCUACAUAAGGAGUCCUGUAUCCAAAGCAAAAUAAAAGGGGACAUUUUAAGUCCCCCGUCAGGAAAAUAGCCCUCUCCACCCCAGGUAAAUCUAAAAAGAUAGCAGAAACUUUAACUGUGGGAUCUUCAAAAUUGUGAAAACUUUACACUCCCCCAUCUUAAAUCAUCCGACUGGAAAACUGAAAAUGAACUCCAUUAAUGGGAGUACGGGGUCAAAUAGGAAUUUAGCUUUGGCAGGACAAACAGCAGGGUAUUAGGUAGGAAAAAUGUGAUGUCAGUUUUGUUGAACUUCAUUUGCAACUCUGAGAAUUCUCUAACCCUCAGCUGAAUUCUGUUGAACAGGUUCCCAUAUUUAACUAUAGGGGACUCCCUGCCAUUUUCCCUGGACAACAUGCUCCAGUGAGGGAGCGAGGAAGGGGCCGGUUUGAUCUUCUCUGAAAGAUGCUCAGUGGUUGGCAGCUUGCAUCGUUAAGAGUUAGAUGCCUAUUCUAGGGAAACCCAAGCCACUAUUCCUUUUUAAAAUCCACUACCAAUUUCUCUUUUUAACAUUUAUUCACUGGGGGAGGAAGGAGGUGCACGCCUUGCCAUGGUGAUGGCAGAGAGAGGACAAAGUGAAGCAGACCCUCUCCCCUUUUACCCUGUGGGUCUUCAGGCUUGACUUAGCACCUUUAUUCCCAGAAGCAGCUCUAUGGUUCAGUAUCACUUCCUCAUACUUUCCCUUUGUUCUCUUCCUCUUAUUUUUCAUUUCU